UACUGUUCAUCAAGGCGCAGCGGACUGGGAAAUAAGAGACAACUGCUUGAAAUAGACUAUAUAUACUGCGGCGCUCCAGUUUACUUCAUUCCUGAUCAGCCACUGGAAGAGUAGCUGCAAGAUGACGCUUCUAAUCGCCUUCGCUUUGGUUUGUGUUGCCGCUGCAGAUCUGCAGGGAGGUCUUAAUCCUGGCAGACCGAGAUGGCCACGCUUACCCGAAGGUGUCAAACCUAUGGAUGAUUCUAAAAUUGUCGGCGGAGCAACGACCACCAUCGAUAAGUUUCCCUACCAGGUUGCCAUGUACAAGGAUGGUAAUUUCAUCUGCGGUGGUGAACUGAUCCGUACCAAUGUGGUACUCACGGCCGCUCAUUGCGUUCAUAGGUAUGAGAACUCACCAAGCAGAUUUGAAAUCAGAGUCGGCUCGACAACGUAUUCUGGAGGAACUAGACACAGGGUAUCGCGCGUGAACAAGCACAGCUCGUAUAACUCAUACACAACUGAUUACGACGUGGCCACGAUGAUACUAAGCAGUAGUGUGUCAAUAAAUACGUAUACCCAGUUAGUUACGAUGGCGUCCGGCGGUUCAAGUUACAGUGGAUAUACGGGAACGGUCAGUGGCUGGGGAACCACUAGUGAAGAUGGAAAUAUCUCCAGGAAUCUUAGGUAUGUUAACGUAGCAAUAAUGUCCAACGUGCAAUGCGCCGAUGUACUCGGUUCAGGCGUCAUCACCAACCGCAUGAUGUGUGCUGGUUAUCCCGACGGUGGAAAGGACGCCUGUCAGGGUGACUCCGGCGGACCACUGGUCAUCAACCAUUCCAUGAGUAACCCCAGCAACUCAGUCCUGGUUGGUAUAGUCUCCUGGGGUUACGGUUGCGCAAGGCCGCAGUCUCCUGGCAUUUAUUCCCGCGUCACGGUGCUCAGAGGUUGGAUCGACGCCUACUCGUAAUUAACAUGAAGUGUGAAGUCGCUACAUAUAAUCUGAUUUGGUGCAUGCUUACGUCUAACGAUGGAGAAGGUUAAAUUUAGGUAGUGAAUCGACCGAGGUAUGAUUAGUGGUGGAGUGGGGCUGCUAUAUGCUCCCUCACAACUGCAGUGAUAAUUUUUUACGGGUAAUGAUUUUAUUCCAUAUUAUAGUGUGUGGAUGAGAGAAUACCACUAAUGAUCAUGGUCGCAAAAUCGAAGACGAAUUCUCGCGGCUAGUUUAAACAGAUUGAAAUGUAUUAUUUUAAAAUUAAUGUAACGAUGAAAGGAAUUUCGAAUAAAAUGGGUA